AUGGCUGACUUCAUUGAAGUAAAAAUAAAUAGAGGACAUACCACAAUGUUAGUCUUGAAACAAGCUGUUGUGGGCUGGGACAGUCCCGAUGUGGUAACAAUGCAUCUUCGAUUGGUGGAACAGCAGCCGGAAGUUCCAACCCACGUGCAUGUCGUGCGAAGCCAAAAGCCAUGUCGUGCAUGUCGUGCGAAGCCAAAUACCUACACUGGAAAGCUGAGAGGCAUGCUAAGUCACUUCCAAUGUACUUGUUGAAUGGAGAUGAAGAAGGGCUCAUCGGAAAGCUCUCGUUUUUCAAAGAACGAACAGCAGAGGCUUUCAAUGCAAAGCUCCUAUGAGAAGAAGCAAAAAGAUUGAAAGUAAAUCUCACGGACACUUUCCACUCAGCCAUCCCAUUUUCUGGUUCAGGAAAUAAUUUCGUUUAUUUCACUACUGGAUUCAGUUCGGAAACUGACAGAAAACGCGUUGAAAGGAUGAUUAUUGAGUCCAAUUGGGUCCGGCAGUUGAAAUUGAGGAGUUUGCCAAGCCAAGUGAGCCGUUUUUCUUCAAGGCGAUGACACCGGACCACCUACUGAUGCUCGUUGCCUUGGCAACUUUUCAAAAAGGUAUUGUUCCACCGACACCAGCAAUGGAAUUGGUUAUGCAAGUUGGAGCCUGUUACCACGCGCUCACUGAUGCCCCAAGAAUGGGGAAACUGAGAUUGUUUCUCGGAAAGAAGCCCAUGGCGAAACUUGAGCAAUUUCUGACAGAGAUCGAAAACGAAACGGAUGCGGAUUUCUAAUA